UAGAGAAUCCUGUUGUUCUGUUGUUUAGUACACAAAGCCACAGAGAACAACCACUGUUUUUAUUUAAUAAUCUCUCAUCAUACGCGUGAUAAAUGAUGAUUAGUAUGGCCUCAACGUCAUGCGAGAAGACAUUAGGACCCAAAAAGAAAAGCGAGAAGAAGAUUGCAUCUAAAGAGGAGUUCAGAUUAUUGUCAAAUAUCAUGGGAGUUAUGAAUAAUUUGAGGAAGCAGGGGAUCCUCUGUGAUGUCAUACUGGUGGUGGAGGGGAAGCACAUCCUCGCACACAGAGUGGUGUUGGCUGCCGCGAGCCACUUCUUCAAUCUCAUGUUUACAUCGAGUAUGAUGGAAGCCACGAAUCAUGAGGUCGAGCUCGGAGGAGCCGAACCCGAGAUCAUCGAACUACUGGUGGAGUUUGUCUACACGGCACGGAUCUCAGUGAACAGUAAUAAUGUUCAGUCUCUGCUGAACGCUGCUAAUCAAUAUCAGAUUGAACCUGUGAAGAAGAUGUGUGUGGACUUCCUGAAAGAGCAGGUGGACGCGACCAACUGUCUGGGCAUCAGCGCAUUGGCGGAGUGUCUGAACUGUCCCGAGCUGAAGGUCGCGGCGGACGAUUUCAUUCAUCAGCACUUCACUGAUGUUUAUAAGAUGGACGAGUUCCUGCAGCUGGAUGUGAAACAGGUGACACACCUGCUGCAGCAAGACACACUGACCGUCAGAGCCGAAGACCAGAUAUACGACGCAGCGGUUCGGUGGCUCAAGUACAACGUGUUGAAUCGGCAGCAGUACAUUGUUGACAUUCUGGGGAAAGUUCGGUUCCCCCUCGUAUCAAAGAACUUCCUCAGUAAGACGGUUCAGGCCGAACCGCUGAUCCAGGACAAUCCGGAGUGCCUGAAAAUGAUCAUCUGUGGGAUGCGAUAUCAUCUCUUGUCUCCAGAAGACCGCGAGGAGCUCGGUGAGAGCAGUCGACCACGCCGCAAGAAACACGACUACCGCAUCGCUCUGUUCGGAGGCUCGCAACCGCAGUCCUGCCGUUACUUUAACCCGAAGGAUUACAGUUGGACAGACAUCCGCUGUCCGUUUGAGAAACGCCGUGAUGCCACGUCUGUGUUCUGGGACAAUGUCGUGUACAUCCUGGGCGGGUCUCAGCUCUUCCCCAUUAAACGCAUGGACUGCUAUAACGUGGUGAAGGACAGCUGGUACUCGAAACUCGGACCCCCAAACCCACGGGACAGUCUGGCUGCCUGCGCAUCUAAAGGAAAGAUCUACACCUCAGGAGGAUCAGAAGUGGGAAACUCUGCUCUGAAUCUGUUUGAGUGUUAUGACACGCGUACAGAGACGUGGCAGACGAAACCCAUCAUGCUGAUGCCACGCUGCAGUCACGGUUCAGUGGAAGCCAACGGGCUCAUCUACGUCUGCGGAGGGAGUCUGGGAAACAACGUGUCCGGUAGAGUCCUCAACGACUGCGAAGUCUACGACCCAAACACAGAAAAGUACGUCUCCAUUUUCCAGACACGACCCAAUUUAAUUUCUUCUUUUAGCAAUAGAGACUAA